AUGCCUCUAAAUGUGGAUUCAAUUCUUUACCGUUUGUUAUCAGUGCGGGGAAUGAAGCCCGGCUCGCAAGUUGACCUGCCAGAGCACGAAAUUGAAGAGCUGGUGAACAAGGCGUUUGAGAUAUUCAUUUCUCACCCCGUUCUUCUAGAGCUUGAGGCUCCAAUCAAGAUCUGCGGUGACAUACAUGGCCAAUUUUACGAUCUCCUCCGCCUUUUUGAAUACGGAGGGUUUCCCCCUGCCACAAAUUACAUUUUCCUCGGAGAUUAUGUAGAUCGUGGGAAGCAGAGCUUGGAGUGCAUUAUUCUUCUUCUGUGCUAUAAGAUCAAAUAUCCAGAGAACUUCUUCAUGCUUCGUGGGAACCACGAGUGCUCGUCCAUCAACAGGAUAUACGGCUUUUACCAAGAGUGCAAAACGAGAUACUCUAUUAAUUUAUGGAAGACAUUCAAGCGCUGCUUUGAUGCGCUGCCGAUCGCGGCUGUCAUAGAUGAUAAAAUAUUCUGCACCCAUGGGGGCCUGAGCCCGGAGCUUUCGUCUCUCAACGCCAUUCAAAAGAUAGUACGUCCCACAGAAGUCCCUGACUCGGGUCUCCUCUGUGACCUUCUGUGGUCCGACCCUGAGCCGGGGAUAACUGGAUGGCAUGAAAAUGACAGAGGUGUGUCGUUUACAUUUGGGCACGAUAUUGUGAUGAAGUUCCUCAAGAAGCAUGACUUUGAUCUCAUCUGUCGCGCACACCAGGUCGUCCAAGAUGGGUAUGAAUUCUUUGCCAAACGUAGACUAGUUACUAUCUUUUCGGCUCCGAACUAUUGCGAUGAAUACGAUAAUGCCGGUGCCAUGAUGAGCGUGGAUGACACACUUAUGUGCUCGUUCCAGAUACUCAAGGCAAUGAACAAAGAUAGCUAUAACUCCUUAGGCUAUAGUGGAUACAAUCAGAACCGUCCUGGAUCGCCGCAAAAGAGCAGUGGAAGAGCAAAUUACUGA